AUGCUUCGUUCGGCGUUAAGAGUAAAGGUUCCGGCAAGAACCACAGGACUUGCUUCAGUGGUACCAGUCACCGCAGCAAGGGGAUUUUCAAUUACCCUGAAUGUGACCAGUCAUAAAAAUGAAAACUAUAAUGUGAGGAGUCAGAAUAUAACUCGUUAUAAUGCUCAGUUAUUGACGGGUACCAGACAAUUCCAUAGCAGUAAUGUCCGAAACAUGCAAAUGCAAAUGAAUAAAGAAGAACAAGAUGAUAGACCAGCAUUGGAGAAGUUUGGUACUGAUUUGACCAAUUUGGCCAAGGAGGGUAAACUAGACCCUGUGAUUGGUCGAGACGAAGAAAUCAGACGGACCAUUCAAAUCUUAUCCAGAAGAACCAAGAAUAACCCUGUGCUUAUUGGGAAUGCUGGUACGGGUAAGACGGCCAUCAUGGAAGGUUUGGCCCAAAGAAUAGUUAAAGGAGAAGUACCUGAAUCUAUGAAGAACAAGACCAUUGUUACUUUGGAUUUGGCAGGAAUUAUUUCUGGAGCCAAGUUUAGAGGUGAUUUUGAACAAAAGUUGAAGCUGAUUUUGAAGGAGGUGGAAGAGAAAGAUGGAUCUGUCAUUUUGUUUGUUGAUGAGUUACAUCUUUUGAUGGGUUUAGGUAAAGCUGAAGGUUCGAUUGAUGCUUCAAAUAUGUUGAAGCCUGCGUUGGCCAGAGGCAAACUCUCAUUAUGUGGUGCCACUACCAUUGAAGAGUAUCGUAAAUAUGUUGAAAAAGAUGCUGCUUUAGCCAGAAGAUUCUCACCUGUUCAGGUGAAUGAACCAACUGUUCAAGAUGCUAUAUCUAUUUUAAGAGGGUUAAAGGAUAACUAUGAGGUUCAUCAUGGUGUUCGUAUUACUGAUGGCGCUUUGGUGUCUGCGGCCUUAUAUUCCAACCGGUACAUUACUGAUAGGUUUUUACCGGAUAAAGCCAUUGAUUUGGUAGAUGAAGCAUGUUCUACCUUAAGGUUGCAGCAUGAGCUGAAACCUGAUGCCAUUGCGCAAUUGGACAGAGAGAUCAUGACCAUUGAAAUUGAGUUGGAAUCGUUAAGAAAGGAAGAUGAUCCUAUUUCUGUGGAUCGUAAGAAUAAAUUGGAGGAAGACUUGAAGGUCAAGAAGAGUGAAUUGAAAGAAUUCACUCAACAAUGGGACGAAGAAAGGAAACUGAUUGAAGAUGUUAAGAAUGCCAAAAAGGAAUUGGAACAAGCAAGAUUCCAAUUGGAACAAUCUCAAAGACAAGGAGAUUAUGCUAAGGCAUCUGAAAUCCAAUAUUCCACUAUCCCAGCUUUGGAAGAUAAAUUGAAAGAUAUGAGUCAACAUGAAAGUGAAACCAAAAAGUUAUCUUUAUUGCAUGAUUCAGUGACAUCAGACGACAUUGCAUAUGUGAUUUCCAAAAUGACCGGCAUUCCAGUGACCAAUAUGAUGAAAGGUGAAAAGGACAAAUUAUUGGAUAUGGAAAUCAUCUUGAAGGAGAAGGUUGUGAACCAAGAUGAAGCCAUCCAUGCGAUUUCUGAUGCCGUGAGACUACAGAGAGCUGGUUUAACCAGUGAUCAGAGACCCAUUGCAUCUUUCCUUUUCCUUGGACCAACAGGGACUGGUAAAACAGAAUUAACCAAGCAAUUAGCUGAUUUUAUAUUCCAUGAUAAAUCUGCAGUGAUAAGAUUUGAUAUGUCUGAGUUCCAAGAAAAGCAUUCCAUCUCUCGUCUUAUUGGUUCACCACCAGGUUAUGUUGGAUAUGAAGAUAGCGGAGAGUUGACUGAAGCCGUAAGAAGAAAGCCUUAUUCGGUUAUAUUGUUUGAUGAGUUUGAAAAGGCUCAUAAGGAUGUUUGUAAGCUAUUACUACAAGUUCUUGAUGAAGGAUCUUUAACGGAUUCUCAUGGUAAGAAGAUUGAUUUUAGAAACACCAUUAUCGUGAUGACUUCCAACAUUGGUCAAGAUAUCUUAUUACACGAUAAGCAAACUUUUGAUGAUGGGCAUAUUUCCAAUGAAGUGAAGACUCAAAUUAAUGAUGAAUUGAAACAUUAUUAUCCUCCUGAAUUCUUAAACAGGUUGGAUGAGGUUUUGAUCUUCAACAGGUUAUCUAGAGAUGCCUUAAAGGACAUCUUGGAGAUUAGAUUACGGGAAAUCUCGGAAAGAUUAAGUGAUAAGAGAAUCAGAUUGAACUUGACCAAAGGUGCAAAGGCAAAGCUUUGCGAAUUGGGAUAUGAUCCUGUUUAUGGGGCUAGACCUUUGAACAGAGUCUUACAAAAGAAGUUAUUGAAUCCUAUGGCUACACUUUUGAUCAAUGGGAAUAUCAGAGAGGGGGAAACAGUUAACGUUGAUGUGAGAAAAGGCGAAAUCUAUGUUGAGCCAAACCAUAAGAACGUUUGA